CAUCUUUAAAAAAAAUAUUGAAAAUUAAUGUUAUUUUAUCAGGUCAAAAGAGGUCAGCACAUGCCUGUCAUCGAACAGUUAGGUGCCUUCGAUCCAAUUCCCAAUCAAAACAACGAGAAACUGGUAUCGUUGAAUUUGGAAAGGAUCCGACAUUGGAUCGGAAACGGCGCGAACGUUUCGAAACCUGUCGAACAAUUAUUAGGUAUAAGCGGAUAUUUCCCAGUCCAUCCCACCACUUACAUGGCCGCAUGGAGGAAUCGGCAAGCCGAGGAAAAUAAAGAGCCCGAAGUGGAACAGCAGCAGCAGCAAGCUCAAUCGUCGUAGCUCUGAAUUUAAUUAUUUUUUUGUUGUUGUAAAUUUUGU